CGAAGAAGAAGAAGAAGAACCUCUCAGGCCGCCGUAGUUCCUGACCGAGGUGAGAAUGGCCGUCUGGAUGUGGCUCCGGUGCCUUUUCGGGCCCAAUCUGCAGCGGAUCCAUCGCUCACCGGACCAGACCAGAGCGGCACGGAGGGGUUGGAAUUAUCAGCCCAGAGGUUUGGAGAGGCACACACACAGCAUCCUCGGUUGGGCCUCUGUGCUGUGGUCUCUGUCGUACUACAGUUCCCCACUGCUCCUCGGCUAUCUCUACAGAAAAGGUUACAUCUGCACCAGUAAGUUUGUUCCUCUCAGUCAGUAUCUUGGUUCAGUGCUGAUUUGUCUGCUGGGAGUGGCCUGUUUGAGAGGGUGGGGGCGCUGGAGAAACCCGGAGUACCUUCAGUUCAUCACCAUACUGGAGGAGACCAGGAAGAACCACACACCUAGCAACAAGAAGAAACUGGCAUGCUUUGACUUUGACUUCAAACAAUGGCCUGCAGAUUUCAGCUGCAAAGAAAUUAGUAGUCCUAAGCUGUCUAAAGGUGGUGUGUCCCUGCUAAGGCCAGAGCCGAAACACAGAGGAGCAGCAGACAAUGUACUGAGUUCAGUUCGCACACUCCCAUGUCACAUCUUAAGUUAUCUGAUAGCUCACUCAUUCGGCCGGAGAAUACUCUACCCGGGCUCGGUCGGUCUGCUGCAGAGGGCCAUGAGGCCCAUGUUACAGCAAGGCCAAGCCAGACUCGUAGAAGAGUAUGAAGGUCAGCGUAACAAACUGAUGGCUUGUGAUGGGAAUGAGAUCGACACCAUGUUUGUGGACCGGAGGAGAGUGGGAGGAACAGCUGGCCAAACUCUGGUGAUCUGCUGUGAGGGAAAUGCAGGAUUCUAUGAGGUCGGCUGCAUGAACACACCACUGGAAGGUGGAUACUCAGUGUUGGGCUGGAAUCACCCAGGGUUUGGCGGCAGUACAGGAGUUCCAUUUCCUCAAAACGAGGCCAAUGCCAUGGACGUUGUCAUUCAGUUUGCUGUGCACAAACUGGGUUUCCAGUUUAGUGACAUUAUUGUGUAUGCUUGGUCAAUAGGUGGCUUUACAGCCAGUUGGGCCGUGAUGUCAUACCCAGAGAUCCGAGCUCUGGUUCUUGAUGCCUCCUUUGAUGACCUUUUACCCCUUGCUCUGAAGGUCAUGCCAGAAAGCUGGAGACAUUUGGUGACCCACACAGUGAGGCAAUACAUGAACCUGAACAAUGCAGAACAGCUUUGCAAGUACCAGGGACCAGUGUUAUUGAUCAGAAGAACCAAAGACGAAAUCAUCACAACCACGGGGCCAGAAGACAUCAUGUCCAACAGAGGGAAUGACUUGUUACUUAAACUUCUCCAGUACAGGUAUCCUCAGGUAAUGACAGAUGAUGCUAUCAGGGCAGUCAGGCAGUGGCUAUCAGCAGGGACACAAAUAGAAGAAGAAUCUGUGUACACUGGCUAUGAGGUAGAUGAUGAUUGGUGCUUGUCGGUGCUGCAGUCCUAUCAGACAGACAGAGAGACGCCAUUCCCCUGGAGUGUUGGUGAGGACAUGACACCUGAGGGUAGAAGGCAGAUCGCUCUAUUCUUGGCACGAAAGUACAUGCGAAACUUUGAGACGACACACUGCACUCCACUCCCCAUUUCUGAGUUCCAGUCUCCUUGGAGACUGUAGAGAGCGACAGUGAGAAAGACUGGAGGACAGAGGUCAAAGGGAACUGCGGGGAGGUCUUUAGAGUUAGCCAAUUGUCAAAAUGUGACAGGAUUACUUGUUUGUAUGCAUUGUUUGAUAGAGAUUAUUUUUAAUUAUUGGCUGUGUUCUGCCUCCAUUGCAGUUGGCUGCCUAUUUAACAGUUAAUGAAGGUUGGAAAUGUGUUGAUGCUCAGGGUUGUUGUCACCUUUGUGACAUCUGUUUGUUUCCUGUGAAAGAAUAUCCAGUGAUGGGGCUCAAAAAUUUUCUUGCAUCUUUCUCGGUCCAUUUUUACCCUCUAUUAUGUGAGCAUUGUAAUUUAAAAUGUCCUGAAUGUUAUAUUACAUAUGAAUAUUAAAUAAAACUGGGAGAUGCUUUUUGUGGCUGGGGUUCCACAAAGUCUUCGAAGAUGUCUUUUUUGUGACACGCACACACUUACUUUAGGGUUCCAACACUAAACUAAUGAAUUUAAAUUACCUUUAGUCAUUUGUAAUUUUCAGAGAAC